UAUUAUAUAUAUGGUCACUUCCUCAAAGUUUAAACUCACAAUUCACAACCAACACUUCUACAACUUGUUAUCACUUCUAAUCUCUAAGUCUUAAUUAUCUGUAUAUAUUACGAUGGUUAAACCCUUUUGGAGAAGUAAGAGCAGUCCCACAAAGAAUAAUGGCUUGACAUGGUACAAAGAUCUUGGCCUUCACGCCUUUGGAGAGUUUUCAACGGCAAUGAUCCAAGCCAACAGUGUGAUGGAGGAUCAGUGCCAGAUCGAAUCAGGUCCAUUGACAUUCAACAACUCGGCAGUUCAUGGCACGUUCGUUGGAGUUUACGACGGUCAUGGAGGUCCAGAGGCUUCCAGAUUCAUUGCAGACAACCUCUUCCCCAAUUUAAAGAAGUUUGCCACAGAGGGUGGAGAGGUUUCAGAGGAGGUGAUGAGGAACGCAUUUGCAGAGACGGAUGAAGAUUUUCUCAUGGCGGUGAAGAAGCAAUGGCGCAAGAACCCACCGAUGGCAUCAGUGGGUUCAUGCUGCUUGGCGGGAGUGAUAUGCAACGGACUGGUGUACAUAGCCAACGCAGGAGACUCGAGGGCGGUGUUGGGAAGAUCUGAGAGAGGUGGUGUGAGAGCUGUUCAGUUAUCAGUAGAGCACAACGCCAACGUGGAGUCUGCGAGGCAAGAGCUAUGGUCAAAGCAUCCUAAUGACCCCAACAUUCUUGUGAUGAAGCACCGGAUGUGGCGUGUGAAAGGGAUCAUCCAGGUCACAAAAUCCAUAGGCGAUGCAUACCUGAAAAGAGCAGAGUUCAACAGAGAGCCGUUGCUGCCCAAAUACAGAGUAGCAGAAGAAAUCACCAAGCCAAUCCUUAGCGCUGAUCCAUCAGUCACGGUUACUCAGCUUAAACCAGAAGACGAGUUCAUGAUUCUUGCUUCAGAUGGGCUUUGGGAGCAUCUUAGCAACCAGGAAGCUGUUGAUAUUGUACAUACUUCCCCGCGCCAAGGAGUAGCAAGGAGGCUACUCAAAGCUGCAUUGAAGGAGGCAGCAAAGAAAAGAGAGAUGAGAUACUCAGACCUGAAAGAGAUCAAUCCUGGUGUUAGAAGACAUUUCCAUGACGAUAUAACCGUUAUUGUGGUCUAUCUCGAUCCCCAAAUGGUCCAAGCCAAUGGUUGGGCUUCUCCACUGUCAAUAAGAGGUGGCUACUCAAUGCAUUCUUCAUCAUGAUCAGACACUGUGUGUAAUGACUUGAGGCAAAAGGAAUGUAGGAAGCAGGAGCAUGAAUCACAAGUAGUAUAGCUAGAAUAAUAUUUGAAGUUGAGAGAUCUUUUGAUAUGUUCUUUUUUUUUUAAAAAGAAAACAUAAGUUUAAAUGUACCCCUGUAUGCAGUAACGCAAAUCAUACACGAGGGUACUUGCAAUGCAAUAUCAUCAAUGUCAAUGCUGGUUAAUUUAAAAUUUCAAGUAACUUGCUGCAUAUCAGAAGUAAAACUAAACAUUACAUUCC